AUGACAACGACAUCUAAAAAAAGAACUGCAUCUGAACCGGCUCCCGCCGCUAACGGCCGAGACCUGCGGAAUCUGCGAAACACCGGAUUUAUCGCGCACGUCGACGCGGGUAAGACUACGGUCAGCGAAAGCGUGCUGUAUUUCACCGGCGAGACUUACAAGAUCGGCCGCGUUGACGAUGGCACCGCGCUCCUCGACUACAUGCCGCAAGAGCGCGAGCGUGGAAUCACAAUCACCGCGGCGGCACAGAACGUCUCGUGGCGCGACCACCAGAUCAAUAUCAUCGAUACUCCGGGUCACGUCGAUUUCACUGCCGAGGUGGAGCGUAGCUUGCGCGUGCUCGACGGCGUUACCGUCGUGCUCGAUUCCGUCGCCGGUGUGCAAGCACAAUCGUUGACGGUUUGGCGACAGGCCGACAAACAUAGCGUUCCGCGGAUUGUGUUCGUCAACAAGAUGGACCGUAUCGGCGCGGAUUUCCAAUAUGCAGUGUCGACGCUGAGAAACCGCCUCUACGCGAAUGCCGUCCCGAUCCAGAUUCCGAUCGGGCAAGAAGCGGAUUUCCAAGGCGUGAUCGAUCUAGUCGACAUGCGGGCGUUCUACUACGAGUGGCAAGACCCCUCUGCUGAGGUUGACCGAAAUGGUCGUCUUGAGCCGCGUGAAGCCGAAAUUCCCGCGGAUCACCUAGAUCUUGCCAACGCCGCCCGCGAGGAGCUAGUUGCCAAGGUUGCGGAAUUCGACGACGACUUGGCCGAACUCUACUUAAUGGGUGGGGAAGUACCGGCAGACCUAUUGAAGUCGUCGAUUCGGCAGGCAACGAUCGACAUCAAAACUCUUCCCCGUCUUGGCUGGGGCUGCGCUGCGACACCGCGGCACACACCAGUUGUUGGACGCGGUCUUGGAUUAUCUACCGUCGCCGAUGGACCUGCCGCCUGCGGAGGGCUUCGAGCCGCUGCAUCCGGACCACAAGUUGGAGCGAUACCCUAA